CUUUGUGUGUGCGAACGAUCAUGCACUACAUUAUUUCCUCUUCCUCGUUGUCAACCCCCUCGCACGUAACGUCGAACGGCUCGACAUCACGAGUCCCUCAGUACCUACGUCUCCAACAGGAUUGUCACCUCGAUCAUGUGCCGGAAUGCAUCGAACCAUCAUCAGCGAACGACUUCUCAGCCCCCGCGGGCGGCUAUCUGCUGGACUACGCCAGUCGAAUUACCCUCGAGCAAUGUCGCUGAAAGCGGAGCAUUAUCCAUCGUCCCAAUUCCAGUACCACAGGAUCCUGGGGCCCAGAGUAGUCGAUUUACGCAUGCGAGCUACCCCGUUUCAACAUCCUUGACAGUCCACCCUGAGGACGAUAGGAGGCCUUCCAUCGUAAGCCAACCUCGGUACCGCUAUAGCGAGGCUCAUGCUAUAACGCAGAUCAACGGUCAACGAGUUCAGCUACUCCAUGGCGUCCCUGUUCCGAUUACCCAAGCCAGCCUUCCUUUCCGGAGUUACUACCCUGAUCCACCCCUAAACACUUUAACACCUCACUACAACGGGGUCGCGCAGGGUCGCGCUUCUGAUCACAUCACGUACCCAUGUAUUGCACUUUCAUCACCGAACACCGGUACUAUGUUGCCUCAUACGGUGGGAAACCAAUACCCAUUAGGGUACCCGCAGGACAACAGGAACGUUUCAACAUUUGGCGAGCCAUCAUUCGUUCAUCAUACCACCACUCGACCUACGACACCAUAGUACCUUGAGUCCUAGUUCAAAUGUCUCAUUAUGGUCGGCCCCUCCAAACCCCGUCGUGUUCCCACUUCAGGGGCGGCACCUUUCGGAUCAUCUGGACAGAGGGAACUUCCCUACAUCUUUAGAAUGGACGACAAGCCCAGCUUGGUCUA